AAAAACCAAAGUGCCAAUUCGCCCGCUUACUAGCUAUGAUGCCUGUCAAACGCUAAUAUUAUUGACUAGAUCUAUUUUCUAGUCAUUCUGCAUUUAUAUUAGCUUUCGUAUUUAAAAUUUGCUGUCCGUCAUUUAUUUUCGCCGUCUGCAGUUAAAAUCGUCUUUCCGCUCGGCAAAUUUGACUUUUCCUUAUAAUCCCUCUGAUACCAUCAGAUAACGACGGCCCUUUAACAGACGUCCGAUUUAAUUACGAAGUAGAUCUCGCGAUAUUGAUCGUGAACGUUGUUUUAAAGUUAUUACAAUUAUAUAAAUAAUGUUUAUGUGGUCUUUUUCAAAUUAAUACAGGUAAGGCUCAGAAGACUUUGAAAACAUUCGAAAUCGGUAAAAUCAUCCCAAAGUUUUAACACCACAUACCUUGACGAUUAUGUUAAAUUGUUUUCCCCAGGCAUAUACAAUCAACCUGAAUUGAGUUCACAUCAAAGGAGAUUGCCAUUAGACAAGUAGGAGAGUUAAUUGUAUAAUCUCGGUGAAAAAGUUUACUCUGAUAGCGGCGAUUCUUUUUAAUAAUAUUAAUUAAAUGUUCUAGUUUCUUAAUUAUAUUAGUAUUGAAAUGUUUCAGCUUACAUUAUAUAUAUAUAUUCAUUAUCAAAUCAAAUUUAUUAUAAAUUGUUAAUUGUGAAAUACGCACAUUUUUACCAGUCAGGAACCAUGAUUGCGUUUAAAUUUCUUCUUUAUCAAACAGAAAAGUGGAUUUUAAAAUUAUUUCCACUUUUAAAUUUCAAAAUUGAGAUUUGUCCGACUUUAAAAAAUUACCAUAGAUUUGCUUUAAAUAGCGUAAUAAUCAAUUAAAUAUUACAAGUUCCGUUGUCGUAUUUACUGAUCAUCGUCUUUUCUUGAUUUUAGGUGUGUAUUGAAUGGUAUGUGAACAAUAAACAGGCACGUGAAAUUUUGUCAUAUAAUUCAUUAUUAUGUGACAAAUAAUUCUGCAAUAUGUCUCUGUCCAGACUUCGACAGAAGAAUAAAAUGCCAGUCGUGCAUUUGAUUUUGUUCAAGAAUUUAAUUCACAUACCUGUCUAUUGCAUGUUAAUAGUUUUGUUCAUCGUUCAAUUAAAUUAAUUAAUCUAACACAUGUUCUUUUAAUUUUUUUUAAUUUUCGGGUGAAGAAAAUUUCUUUUAAAAACAGCUUAACAAAGUUGAUUUACCAGUUUUGAGUAAGGUUUUCAAAUCAUGUUUGUUAGCAUCUGCAUUGCGAGUCAAGUUAAUUUACGGAAUUUGUGUAUUCCUUCAGUAAUCGCCAAUUUUGAUAGCAUAGCGGUAGAUAUUCUCAAAAGAAAUAAGCUAUUGUAUUUGAAAAAGUAUGGCAAUUGGACAUAGUUGUUGUUUUACUAUUGAUGUACGCAUGCUAUGUUGUGUUCCUUUUUUCAGGGUUGUCAGUAUAACAUACAUGUUAGUUUAUUUAAUGUAUUAGUUCGUGUUCUAUAAUUUUAAUAAUCUUCAAAAUGUGCUACUUUGAAUUCUGUAAUAUUCACAUUUCUAAAUGAAAAAGAUCUAUUUUUACAUUUAUCCAUUAUUUAAAAUAUAUAUUACAUAACUUUAUUUAUCAGUAUCUUAUACUGCUAGGUCUUCACGUAAAUUGCUAACUUUUUAUCUCGCUUAUAAACAUUGCUUAUAAUUAUAUUGAAUGAAGACAAGCUAUUUUCUCUUUUAAAUCCCUUAAAUUUUAUUCUAAUUUACAUUUUCAUGUACCGUAAUAUAUCUCAGUUGAAGAAGAUAUUUUUGUUUACGAUUGUGUUAUGUUAAAAUUGUUCUCAAGCUGCCGGUAUGUUUCUUAUUACUUAUCUUAUACUAAUCGUGUAUAUAAAGAAGAAAAUCAAUACACAGUUGAUAGCCGUCAGUGGCGGAUUUACCCGGGGGAUAAUUGGCACGUGUCGAAGUCGAGAAUUAGAAAGAAACAAAAUGAAUGAUUGUCGAUUGUAUAACGUCCAGUGGCAAAUAGUUCAUGCAUGCGGGACGAAGAGAUCAACUGGCAGAAGGAUAAAAAAUUAUAGUGGAAUGGUAAAAAACUAAUACGAUAUAGAAAUAUGGAAACUAUUAAAAUAUUUUAAUUUUGGAUUUCAUGAUAUACAUAUUUACAAAUUAAGAUAGCUAAAAAAUAAAAUAUUAAAAAUAAUAUACGUAUUUUCCACAGAUAAUAAUCUGGAGCUUGAAUCUCUGAUAAUUAGUUUGAAAAUUAUCCUUAUUUAUUAUAUACCAUUAAUUUGGUUUAAAUCAAAUUUAAUGAUCUUAAUCUAUAAAAUUUAUAAUCCCUUUGAUUUCGAUGAUAAUUACACCAUUAAUAGGUAAGUAUAGUUAAUUGUUGUGUAAACAUUAUUAGACAACGGAUGUUUUCAAAUCGUAUUGACACCUGACAAAUACCCUGAGCACUCUCAAGGUAUAAAUAAUUCAGUUUGGUCAGUUGACAAUACACGUGUCAUUUCAACGGAAAUUGAUAGGAAUAUAUAUAGUUUAACUCAACAAAAUUUCAAAUCAUUAUUUUAAAUGUUAUGGAUGCUUCAACCUGUUAUUGUUUAUCGUGUGCUUCGUAUGGUGGUAAAGUGCUUUCCCAAAGGACAAUACAAGAACAUGCCCAGCGGAUGUUACUUCAAGGUUACAAGUCUGCAGAUUACCCGUGGUUGCAACAGUUUUUUCCUUCAUCUUUGAACAGAAAGGCAACAAAGGAUCAUCCAAUAACACCAUUUGGACACCUGAUUCACAAUAAGGAUGACUCGCGUAGAAAACCACUGCAUGUUGCCACAGACAUUACACAGAUCACAUUCAUGGCUGUUAUAUUGAAAUUGAAGUGCAAGUAUUCCAUCAGUGUGGAGGAUGUGAAUGAGUUACUUCUGCUGUUUCAGAAAGUUGUCCCUUCAGAAAACAUCCUACCAAAGAAUAUCACUGAAAUUGAUCGUCUCACAAGGGACCUACUGGUCCAACAUGAGGAACACACCAUCUGUGCAUGUGAGGAGUAUCGUUUCGGCCAAGACCGCCAAAACUGUGAAGUUUGCAACCAAGAUAGAUCAAUGGGAACAAAGUACUACACAAUACCAAUUGGUCCAAGACUCCAGCAGCUCCGAGAGGUGAAAUCGUUGGCCAGACUGACAGCCUUGAUGGAUUGCAUUCCAGGAAAAGCACGAUUCAUAUCAGACCUGCACGACACAUCUAGUUGGUCAACUUUCAGCAAGGAGAUGGGGAAGAAUGCCAUAGCCCUUUCUUACUGUUCAGACGGAUUUAACCCCUUCCAUCACAUCAUCAGUCAAGGGUCGUAUAGCAUUUGGGCACAGUCUAGUCUGAUCCUGAAUCUACCACAUCAACUGAGGUCAAAGACUGGUACCACUCUUCUACUUGGAUUGAUUUCGGGACCACGGGCUCCUAAGAAGUUGAAUAAGUAUAAUGAGGUCAUCGUAAACGAAUUGGUUCAACUUAAAGAGGGAUUAGCAACCUACAAUGCUGACAGCAAACAACGAGAGGUGGUCAAAGUGGGACUUCUUUUCAUGGUUGGUGAUGUACCUGGCAUGGCGAAAGAGCAGAAUAGAGUCCAGCAAAAUGCUAAAACAUCCUGCAGCCAUUGUACAGUUACUGGUAUCCAUAGCAGUAUCUUAGACAAGACUAUUUAUCCUGGUGGUCGCCGCUUUUUAGAUAUAAACCAUCCUCUUCGCCAAGAUACCACAUUUCCGUCAGGGGCCAUUGAAGAUGAAGUUGUCAUCAAAAGAAGUACUGAAGAUGAGAAAGCUGAGGCCAGAUAUUUAGAUAGAUUACUACUGGAAAAAAGACAGCAAGGGAAAAGUACAGAUACCUUAGCAUCAGCUUUUGCACAACAGACUGGUCGCUAUGGCAGUAAUCAUUGGUUCCGGUUAGGCUUAGAUAUGCAACAGAAGCAUGCACCAGUAGAACCAAUGCAUGCUAUUAAGGUUGUGGCUGAGCACACAAUAAAGCUGCUAAAUGGGGAUGAAGAUGGGGCCAAAGUCAGAGCAGCAGAGAGAGACAGCGGACGUAAUGUGGACUUAUGUCCUGAUGCAGUCUACAGAAUUUAUGUGAAAGAGAAAAAGACCUUAGGACAGAAGAGAAAAAAGAAUGCAGAAGAGAGUAGCAUUUUGCAGACCAAGUAUCCAAAAACUGAGCUUCCACAAGCCCCUUAUGUGCUUACUGCAGAGGAAAAGAAAGAAGCAGACAGACGACUUUCUGAUAUCAAAGUUCCUGUUAACUUUGGUAUCAUACCUGCAACCCUCUUCCAGAAGAUUGUAGGUGGAACCAAAUGCCACACUUGGCUACAGCUUUUUUCCAGUGGUAUCAUUCGAUUUUGCACAAGAGGAAUGCUUGGUGACCCUCAGAGAAAGUCAUUGGUGAACUUCCUUUUGUUGUUGGAGGAAGCCUAUGGUACAUCAUUCGACAUGACUCUCAUAGACAGUUUUCAACAGAGAUGGCACGAGGCAUUGUGUAUGGUUGAGAGAGAUUUCCCAGCUUCCUUACAGACAUUUUACUUCCACUUAUUUCAUCACCUGCCCCAGUACAUCAGAUUGUAUGGACCACCACGUAAUUUUUGGAUGUUCCCCUACGAGCGCUACAAUCAUACCCUAACAGAGGCAGUGUCCAAUAACCAGUAUCCAGAGUUGUCAGCUAUAAAGAAAGUUGAGGUACAGUGGUUAAUUACGUUGUUGGACAGUGCUGGCUUUUUCCACCCCAUUAAGGUAGAGGCACAAGAAAUUCUAAAACAACUUUCAGCAGGACGACACAAGCCAGUGAAAAGGGAUUUGUCCGAUGAAGAGAUGGUGCACAUGAAGGAGUUUUAUCAAACAGACAAUGUUAUACCACAUAUUACAAUUUUCCAUCAUGCCACUACCAAAAAGGGAUCCUAUAGAGACACUUUCAUAGAGAAGGCUGACCAAAGGGAGAAGUGUUCCAUGGUGCUCUUCGACAAUUGUGUUGGCAGUAUUGAGUUCUUUUUUUCGCACAACAACAAUGAGCUGGCUUGGCUAAAAUGGAUUGGGUUUAUACAACAAGAUGAGGAGUCCAAGUGUUUUUUAGUGAUCCCUAGUGACAACCUGUUGUGUCCAGUUGUAAAACUUGCAAACUUAUCUCCGCCAUUAAUUCAUUGCAUGGACCAAGGACAAUUGUGGAUACCAAAACUGCCUGUGUAGUAAAAUAUUUAUAAGACAGAUGUGACAAUGUAAAUUUCUUUUCCAAUGUACAAUAUAUUUAUAUCAAUACACUAGUAUAAUGUUUAAACCUUUUUGCCUUAAAAUGUACAUACAUGUUCCAAAAAAAUUUUUGGCAAUCAUUUCAAUUUUUCAAUUUUGAUUUUUCAAUUUUUUGGGGGGGGGUAUAUUUCUGAAUUAAGUAUGACGUCCAUUAUCACUGAACUAGUAUACAUAUUUGUUAAAUGGCCAGCUGAAGCGGAUACAGGAUUAUCUCAUUGUAUUGAAGCCCCAUUGGUGGCCUUCAUCUGUUUUCUGCUCUUUGGUCGGGUAGUUGUCUCUGACACAUUUUCAUUCUCAAUUUUUUCAGUUGUAUGUUUUUUUAAUUUGUCUUUGUAAAAUAAACUAAAGUCUCAGCUUGAUGUUCUGUACAUAAUAUUACAGCAAGCAGAAUCUUUGUUUCUUGUUGUCAUGUCCAAAAUACUAUAGUAGAGAAGCAUGUUAAUACUGUGAUUUGUCUGACAUAUAUAUGAACAAGAUAAACAAAAAAUGUCAAUAUUAAUUUUUAGAACCAUCAGCUUAAAAUUAGGUCAUGUUUUCCCUUCAUCUUGUGAAUAUGUAUAUAUUUAUAAAAUUUUUUAUAUUUUGUACAUAAAUUAGGCUGAAAAUUUUUCCUUAAUUGUUUUACAUUUUUCAUUUUUUGGCCUUUUAGAGUAUGGGCUUUGCUCAUUGUUGAAGGCUGUACGAUGACCUAUAGUUGUUAAUUUUUAUGUCAUUUGGUCUCUUUUUGAGAGUUGUCUCAUCUUUUUUAUAUUGUAACUUAUCUAGUCUGGACAGAUGGAGGACAAUUCAAUUUCCUGUUGCAUUUCAUGAUGCUGCGGGUUGCUAAAAACUUCAUUUUGGGCAGAGAGAUUUAUGUUUUACAUAGGCCAGUUUAAGUUAUCUCUUCAUUUAAAGGAGUUGUAUAUAAUUGGGAAAUAUAUUGAAACUGAAUUGUAUAUAUUGAUAUUAAAAUAACAUUGUAAAUAAAAUAUGAAAA